AUGCCUGCUGACACAGCGCGGCAGUUGGAGUUCAGGGCUGGCCGGACCGCAGCAGCAAGGGCGUUCAACGCCCUUGCUGAGACCAUUGGUGUCGACCCAGUGCCCACGCGCGCAGGUAAAGAACAUAUAGUGAGCUUGUGGAGUGUUCUGUCGGCGCGACUGCCGCCGGACUCUUUGAGCGAUUUGCGUGCGGCACGUGACAAGUGGGUUGAGAACCAUGGUGGCGGUGAUUUCCCUGAGCCUGGUAGCACGGGGGCCGAUGAGGAAAAUGUUGCUGCGGACGAUCCCACUCGCGUAGCCAGCGAUUUCGUCGACAUGCACAGGGUGCUCCCUCAGACGUUCUACGCCGGGUUCGGGCGCAAGGCGUUCCGCGCAGUGGCAUGGUUCCGCAAACGGAUGCGGAACGAGCGCCCAAAUGGUUUGCCGUGGCAUGAGACCACGGAGCAGUGGGCGAGGCGCGCUCGCCGCGUAGUCGCAGCCAUGAACCGGGAGUAUGAUGUCUCCGGGCUCCGCGGAGAAUUCCGCGGGCGCCUCGAGGACGUCGUGGCGCGGGAGGGCGACCGCCUCCCGAAAUAA